AUGUCACCGCUGUCUGCGACAAAAUGUAGUGCCAGCCCCUCUGUAAACCAUCAGCUGGCGCUACAGCUUUCCCAGAACCGCGGGCAGCUCCGUCCCGCAGACCGAGCAGAUGGCGACGGCACGCGUCACGGCACGGAGAGCACAGUCACUCCAUACGAGUACGUACGACACAAACCAAGGCGUUCCGGAUUAGGUACCAGCGUCGCCGCGAUGAGGGUCGCGUCCACGGUCAUGGAUCAGACCAAACCCUCAUCUGGAAGGUUUAACGAGAGGGAAUUGAUGCGUGGCCUGAACGAUCGUCUUGCGGGAUUCGUAGCGAAGGUGCACCAGCUGGAGCACCAGAAUCAUGUGCUAGAGAGAGAAAUCGAGGAGAUCAGAGGGGAAGCGAAACCCGCAUCUUAUUUGGAGGAGGAGUAUGGAGCAGAGCUCGGGAAACUGAGACAGAGGGUUCAGGAUAUCGCCCGGGAGAAGCAUCAGAUUGAAAUUGAGCAUCAGAAUUUGGAGGAAGAACUAUCCAGCUUGGGAAGAAAACGUGAACAGGAGGCGCGUAGCAGAACAGAUGCGGAGAGCAAAACUGUGAUCCUGAGGAAGGACAUCGACGAUGCGCGUCAGGCUAAACUACAGCUGGACAAGAAAGCGCAGUUUCUCGUGGAUGAAAUCCACUUCCUGGAGAGAAACCAUGAGGCCGCGGUGUCAGAGAUGCUCGACCAAAUCCAGGAUCUGCAGGUGACCGUCAAGGCGCAUGAAUUUGGCAGCCCCGGCGUCACUGCGGCACUCAGGGACAUCAGGGCACAGCUGGAAGGUCAUGCUGUGCCCGACGUCCAGAUGGCAGGAGAGACUUUCCCAUCUCAGUUUGCAAGAUUAACAGCGGAGGCUGACUCCAAGAGAGAGGCUUUAAAGGCGACCCAGCAGGAGAUCCGGGAGCACAGGAGGCGCAUGCAGGCCAAAACCAGCGAACUGGACUGCGCUAAAGGCGCCAGGGAAGCGCUGGAGAAGCAACUGCACGACGUCGAGGAUCGCAACAGGGAGGAAAUUAUCCACUAUCAGAACACAAUCAAAGAUCUCGAGAAUGAGCUCAUAAAUUGCAAAUUUGACAUGUCUGGUUACCUGCGGGAGUAUCAGGACCUCUUAAAUGUGAAGAUGGCUCUGGACGUUGAGAUACUGUCUUACAGGAAACUUCUCUGUGGUGAAGACGCUCGGCUGUCAACAAUGUCAGACACCCACAUCUCCUUGCCCUACAUCUACCACCAGUCCCCUGUUUACACCCUCCCUUGCCCCAGCCGGCCGGGUGGCCCGCACAGACGAGCAGAGCCCCAGUACAAGUUUGUGGAGGAGAUCGUAACGGAGACCACCAGGGAAAUUGAGAUGUCAGAAUUUGAGGAGACAGGAUCAGAGGAGACAGAAGCAGGAAAAGAUGAGCAGGAGUGCACCAAAGGGGAUAGUGGAGGCAGUCGAGAGGGAGGAAGAGAGCAGAUGUCUGAUAGUCAGCAGAAUCAAGUCCUGUCAGUAGGAAAUUCAGUGAAUGGAGGUGAUGAUGGGGAUCGAGGGAGUCCUGGUGAGGUGGGUGAUGGUGAAAUAGGUCAAAAAAGACACAGAGAGUCAGAGGGAACUGAAGCAGUUGACACUGAAGGGGACAGUGGCAUCGAUAAAAAUACUCAAGAGCAGAGUGAGAGCCUUGAUGAGGAAGAAAAUGAGCGACACGAAAAAGUAGCUGAAAACAGGAGAAAACAAGAAAAAGAAGAUCCAGUGACAGAGAUGACAGUUCAGAAAGAUCUCUCUUCAAAACCAGAUUAUUUAAAACCAGAGGUCACUGUGGAGGAUGAGCUUGUGAGUGAUAAAAAAGAAGAUGCUCAGAAAGAUAGUUUUAUCUCGGUUCAAGUGAAGAAGCCAGUUGAUGAGACGCUGGCCCAAGCGUCUAAAGAAUCAGACAAAACUCAAGAGUUGAGCAGUCUAGUUCAAGUGGAAGAUAAGAAAACCACAAAUAUUACACCAGGGACAAAGAGCACUCUUCCCAUAGAGACAGAAGGGCUCAAAAGUGAGGAUGAGGAAAACGGUCAUACAGAGCGAAAGGAAAUCAGUCAAUCUGAAGCUGCAAAAGGUGUGGAGAACGUAGCAAAAAACAUUCAAGAUGCUAGACAUGAUAGCAACAAAAGCCAAGAUAAAGAGUCGUCCGUUAAAUCUAACGUGGAAAGUCUCCCUGAAGUGGAGGAUCAGAGGCCCAACAGUGGAUAUAAAACUGAAACAGACCAAAGUAUGUUGCCAAAUGACAAGAAAACUACCAGUGCACAAAUCAAAGAGUUACAUCAGGAGGAACCAGAAAGCAGCCAGGGUCAGAGAUCAGAUCUCGCUGAAGGCUCUGAGAUGACAAAUGAUCCUCAAGGUAAACCUGAGAAGGUAGAGAGCAGGAAGUCCGAGAAAUAAGAGGAAAGGGGGGAUAUCUGAGGUUCCAGAGGGUGCAAGGAUCAAGGAAAAGUCCACCUUAAAUUUAAUAAGACAACAGUUGAUGUGCAAACAUCAGGGACAAUGAAGCUGAAAAUUGACAAUGGCUUAACUAAUGCAGGUGCAAAUUCAAGGCAUAGACAAGCAAAGAGAAGAAAGCUCCUGUUGCUGUCAUUUCUUUUCAGAAUGACUAUUUAAAAGAGAGAGACAGAGCGUAAUUCUUUUGUUUGCAACAGAUUUGCUUUUGAACUUUAAAUCAACUUGGGAUGUAUUAAGAUCUUUUCAGUCACCACACAAACAUAAUUAUGAAUGUAAACAAUGCACGGUGAAUUUCU